GCCACCCUAUUAGUUGAACUUCUCGCAGUAGUCAAGCUUUCAUCCAUCACUUCACUUGUAUUUAAUUUAAUUCAAGUACCAACCCCAAGGCAACAUGCACACCCCAAUUUCAGGCCUUGUCAUGUUCCUGCAGUGACUGAGAAGAAUCGAGAAUCAAGAAAUGGCACCUCAUCAUCUGAUCACUCCAUGGCUCCUCUUCUCUCAAACCCUGCUUCUCGCAGUGCAAACCAUAGCCAAAGUCCCUGCUGUCAUCGUCUUUGGUGACUCCUCCGUCGAUUCGGGGAACAACAACCAGAUCUCUACCAUCCUCAAGAGCAACUUCAAGCCCUACGGUCGUGAUUUCCUUGGAGGAAAACCCACAGGACGAUUUUCCAACGGCCGAAUCCCAUCGGACCUCAUCUCUGAGGCUUUUGGAGUUAAGCCCACCGUUCCUGCCUACUUGGAUCCCAUGUAUAACAUCACAGAUUUUGCCACCGGAGUUGAUUUUGCGUCAGCCGGAACUGGCUACGACAAUGCCACCUCCAACGUGCUAUCUGUGAUACCUCUGUGGGAGGAAUUGGAGUACUACAAGGCUUACCAGGUGAAAUUGAGGCGAUAUCUUGGCGAGCGGAAGGCGAACGAGAUAUUAAGCGAGGCGUUGUAUCUGAUGAGCGUAGGGACCAACGACUUCCUAGAGAAUUAUUACGUAUUCCCUGCAGGCCGAUCAUCCCAGUUCACCGUCGACCAGUACCAGAGGUUCCUCGCCGGGAUAGCCGGAAAAUUCAUAACCCAGCUCUACGGUCUCGGAGGUCGGAAGAUAUCACUGGGAGGGCUUCCUCCCAUGGGAUGCAUGCCGUUGGAGAGAAGCCGUAACAUGUAUGGGAAUGGUUGUGUUGAGGAAUACAAUAAGGUGGGCAGGGAUUUCAAUGUCAAGUUGCAUAAUCUGGCAGUGAAGUUGAACAAGGAACUUCCGGGGAUCAAAGUGGUCGUUUCAAACCCCUAUGACCCACUCAUGGAAGUCAUUCAGCAUCCCUCUUCGUUUGGAUUCGAGAGUGUUGCAGUGGCGUGUUGUGGAACUGGAAUUUUUGAGGCGGGUUACCUAUGCGAUCAAUUUAAUCCAUUUACAUGCUCCGAUGCCAACAAAUAUGUAUUUUGGGAUUCCUUCCACCCCACAGAGAAAACAAAUCGUAUCAUCUCAGGCCACCUAAUGAAUACCAGCCUAGCUGUGUUUUUAUGAUUCUUUAUACUGUCGAAAUCAACCUUGUGUUGGAAGUA